ACAAAGAGACAACCGCCCGCGCCCUUCUCUGUCGAGACGGAGAAAAGGAAAACACACUUUUAUAAAGACCAUAAAGAUGGACAGAGGCGACAACCCCAGCGCUGUGAUUUGCAAGUUAUGUGGAGAAGCAUUCACUCUGCCUGAGGAUGAAGUUGACGGCAACAUCCCUCGUGUGCUUUUAUGUGCCCACAUCUAUUGCACAUGUUGCCUGCUGUCCAUUCAAGAUGACAAUGUCAUUAGAUGUCCAGAGUGUGAGGUUGACUCAACCCUUCCUGAAGGUGGGGUGUUUGGGCUGCAGGAAGAUAGCAGAAUCAUUGGUCUCAUCUACACUUCUAAAAUGAACAAUGUGAAAAGAUCAAAGAAUCGCAAAAAGAACAAAUUGUCAACAUCUACAGACAUUAACGCCAAAACGGACUUUGUGGAGCAGCCAGCUGAUAUUGAGAAGAUUAAGAAGGUGGUGGAUGAGGCGUUGGCCCGGGCUGCAGAAAAUCAUGCCCUUCUGGACCACAUCCAUGAGACUCUGACGACUGGUGUGGCAGAACAGGUGAAGAGAGAGAGAUCUCGGCUGGAGAUUGAGAUCAAGCAAACGGCAGACAAGGCUUUACAAACUAUUCAAAAGUGGAAGGAUAUGCAGUUGAGUCAGCUGACUAAAAUUGAGGCACAGUUCUCCACCAGCCAAGCAGAGGUGUGCUGUGUCCAGAAGAGGAUGAAGGAUCUGGAGAUUGCCACGCAAAUGGCCAGAGAAGUACGCCGUGUCCCCUUCCUGGAGCAGUAUUGCACCCUGGAUAAGGUUCUGCAGACGUUGCAGGCUCCUGUGGACGACCAGUCCUUCGAUAUGAAAUGCAUUACUAUGGACUCUGGAAUGAGCUGUGUCUUCCGGUCAGAAGAUCUGAAGCACAGUCUGUUAUUGUCUCUGAAGAUGGAAGUCAGGAACCCAAAGCACUGGUCCAAGUCUCCACACAAAGGCCAUGAUCCGAUCAACUCCAACAGAAAGUCUAUGUCACCCAGUGGCGACAAGCUGCCCACGCAGCAACAACAAGACCGUGAGAGCUCGGGAGGCUCCUCUCCAAGCCAGAUACCUCAUGGCAGGUCCAACUGGUCUCGCCAAAGCUCAGCCUCAGACUCUGGAACUCCAGACGUAAUUAUUGAGGAGCUUUUGCAUGAGAGACAAGAGCAUGCGCUCCCUCCCACCGGCCCUGAGCUGGCUAACAACCGAAGGAGAAUCGACAGGAUAAACAAACAAAAAUCGUUUGACAAUAAGAGAAAUGUAAGCCUAGUGGUGGUAACCCACGUUGUGAAUCCAAGUCAUUUCUACAUCCGCUACGUGGCCGAGAAGAGGGAACACGAGAUGCUAUCCAAGAAGGUCAACGCCUUCUGCUGCACAGACAGUUGUCGCUUCACUUCCAGUGACACAGUGGGGACCGACUCCAUGGUCUUCGUGAAGUCGAAGGAGGGACUCUGGUGCCGGGCUCGUGUGGUUGAGGUCUUGCAGGACGGAUGUGAGGAGGCUGUGAAAGGCUGCCCAGUCACCCAGCUGGCCAAUGUCCGAGUCUUCUUCCUUGACUCUGGCCUCAGCAUAUGGGUCACCAUACAGAGUGAGGAGGGGAGCACUGAGUCUUCACUGCAGGCUGUGAACAACCACCUGAGGAAGGUGUGUGAGGCAGUCAAUGUGGAGCUGGGUCACUUUGCUCCUCAGGCCAUCAGAUGUUCACUCAAGGACCUUGUGCCCUAUGACCUGACAAAGGGCUGGAGUAAAGGGGCACAGGUUGAAUUCAGCAAUUUGGUUGGCUCAGCAGCAGUGGAGCUGCGUCCUUUGGGUCAGGACAGAGACUCUUUAUUAGUGGACCUGAAGAAAGCUCCCAUGGACCAAUCCAGUGAUGUGCCCAUCUCUGUCAGAGAGUUCCUUGUUUUCAUUGAAGUGGCCAGGUUUUAUUCCCCAGUGAAGUUGGACAGGAGGCCCCUGCUGUACUACCCUUCUGAAUAUCCCAAGGUCAACGCAGAGCUCAAUGCUGUGGUGUCCCACAUCAACAACCCUGCAGACUUCUACAUCCAGCUGGUUGAGAACGUGGAGUCCGUGUUGCUCUCAGCUAAGCUCCAGGAUUGUUACAACACGACGACACUCGGUGAAGAACAUGACUUCAACAUCUACUGCCCUGUCAUAGAACAGGCCUGUGUUGCCCGCUAUGAGGACGAGCUGUGGUACAGAGCUCAGAUCAUAGUUUAG